AUGGCAUCGAUAGCGGCCUCGCUGGCGCAAGCUCUUCCGAAGCCAAAAUACACUGGCGAAGAUGAAGAAAUCCCCGCUCACGCACAACAGCGCGGACCUAGAGUCGUCGGCCCCGGCCAGAUAGACGAGUCGCAAAUCGUGCUGCGAAGGACCGGCCCGCCAGCAUAUGGUCAGCGGUCAGGAUGGCGCCCGCGGGGACAGGAAGAUUUUGGCGAUGGUGGCGCGUUCCCCGAGAUACCCGUCGCUCAGUAUCCCCUAGGUAUGGGACAGAAGGGCUCGUCGACGAGUAACGCGCUUGCGAUUCAGGUCAACGCCGACGGCAAAGUCAAGUAUGAUGCCAUUGCUCAACAGGGCCACCGUGAAGGCAGAAUCGUGCAUUCUUCCUUCAAGGACCUGAUCCCCCUUCGGCAGCGCGCAGAUGCCGGCGAGAUUGAUCUGGCAAAGCCAAGCGAGGAAGAAAUCAAGGCAACGACGGAACGAACUCAGAAUGCUCUGGCAGCUCUAAUCAGCGGCGCUGUGGCCGCGCAAAAGCCCAAGAAUGUCAACAUUGGUGGCAAGAGGGACGCGACAUUUGUCAAAUAUACGCCCGCGAACCAGAUGGGCGACAACUCCAAGAAACAGGACCGUAUAAUGAAGAUUGUGGAGAGACAGCGGGAUCCCAUGGAACCACCAAAAUUCAAACACAAGAAGAUUCCAAGAGGACCACCGAGCCCGCCUCCACCGAUUAUGCGGUCGCCGCCGCGCAAGUUGACAGCACAAGAUCAGGAAGAUUGGAAGAUCCCACCUCCUAUCAGUAACUGGAAGAACCCCAAGGGAUUCACGGUUCCGCUGGACAAGCGUUUGGCCGCAGAUGGCCGUGGUCUACAGGAUGUCUCGAUCAACGACAAAUUUGCACAAUUCUCAGAGGCGCUCUUCAUGGCAGACCGACAUGCUCGCGAAGAGGUUAGACAGAGAGCCGUAAUGCAACAACGCCUUGCCGAAAAGGAAAAGGCACAAAAGGAGGACAAUCUACGCAUGCUUGCGCAAAAGGCAAGAGACGACCGUGCUGGCGCCGGCAGGAGGCGAGAUUCUAGUGGCUCUCGAGACUCGCGGUCCCGAUCGCGCAGCUACAGCUAUUCAGACUCGGGCUCUGAUAGCGAAGACUCAGAGAUCCGAGCCAGAGAAAAGGCGCGACGGGAGAGACAAAAGGAGGAGGAACGGAAGCUCCGCCAGUCUCGCAUGGGUGCCGAGAGGAGAGUGCAAGUCAUGGCUCGUGAGCAAAAUCGUGAUAUUUCAGAAAAGAUUGCUCUCGGUCUUGCAAAGCCGACACAACAGGCCGAGACCAUGUACGACUCCCGCCUGUUCAACCAAACAAGUGGAUUUGACAGCGGUAUCAAUGAGGAUAACCCAUAUGACAAGCCACUGUUUGCCGCACAGGACGCCAUUAGCAGCAUUUACAGACCCCGUCAAAAUGCAGAGGACUACGAGGAUGAGGCGGCCGGUGACCGGGAAAUGGCAAAGAUUCAAAAGUCUAGCCGGUUUGGAGAAGUUUUGGGCAAGGGCACAUUCAAGGGCUCGGGCGAUGCCGAGGCUCGUGAGGGACCGGUACAAUUUGAAAAGGACGGUGGCGAUCCCUUCAGCGUGGACAAGUUUCUAGAGCAGGUGGACCAGAGCUCGACUUCCAAGAGAGGAUACGGACUGCAGGAGGACGAGUCGAGGCAAUCGAAGCGCGCCAAAAUGGACGAUGACGACGAAUAA